AUGCCCAGCCCCCGCCCCCAGCAGCUCUCUGGCCGCUGCUCCCCCAGCCUGGAGCACCCCCAGGUGUGCGGCCGGAAGCGGCACAGCGAAGCCCAGCCCCGCCCAGCUGCGGGCGCCGCUUCCGGUCCCCUGUCCCCUGUCCCCUGUCCCCUCCCGCUGUGCCCGCAGGUGUCCCUGACCCGCAGCGCCCCGCGCUGGGCGGGCGGGCGGCACCUGCUGCUGUCGGCGGAUCGCACGCUGGUGCUGAAGGAGCUGUCCAGCGAGGGCGUGGCCGACGUGCACGGGCUGCUGUCCCACUACCACCAGUACGUGGUGCAGUGCCACGGGCAGACGCUGCUGCCGCGGUUCCUGGGCAUGUACCGGGUCAGCGUGGACAGCGAGGACACCUACCUGCUGGUGAUGAGGAACCUGUUCAGCCACCGCCUGCCCGUGCACAGGAAGUACGACCUGAAGGGGUGUUUUGGGGGCUGUUCCCCCCCUCCCCGUCCUCCCCAGGGCAAGGAGCUGCCCACGCUGAAGGACGUGGAUUUCCUCAACAAAAACGAGAAGGUGUUUGUGGAAGAGGAGCAGCAGCGAGAGUUCAUGGACAAGCUCAAGCGGGAUGUGGAGGGUUUGGGGGUUUGGGGGGUUUCUCCCUGGGGCCAUGGAGUGGCCCCCCACCCCAAAUGA